UUUUGGAUUUGUUCAAGCAAAACCCUUUCUCUUUUCUUACUUGAAGGGCGUUAAAUAUGAUUUGUGCAUAUAGAUAUUUCCAACUUCACGAAACGAUAUCGUUUCGGUGAAGGGUAAAUACCGGGCUUUUGUGGAAAAUUUACACCGAUUUAAGUGGUGGUGUAAGGAGCGUAUGGUUAGAAAAUUGAUGAAAUUAUGAAUAAAAAUCGUCGUGAAGCCGACAGCUCGUCAUCUUCAAGAAGCAUGGGAAAUUUCGUCGGUCGAGCUCGAUCGAAUAACAAAGUCGUGAUCGAGGAUGACGAUGACGAUGAAAUUGAGGAAAUAAAUACGCAAGAGGUGGCAAAAACUGUGAGAAGUGACGGGUCAUCAAGAUCGAGGACAAGGAGGCAAAGGCCAGAGGCUGAAGUUCAACCAGAACUUUCUCUAAGAACAGGUGGCAGCAGUGAACAAAAUAAUGAUUGGGAUGACGAUGAGUUACAGCAAGUUCUGAUCAUGAGUAGAAUUGAGGCAGCUGAACAAGAGGAAAGGAGAAAGAUGUGGAAAGAUGUGAUGAAUAAUAUUCAAGGGGAAAUUAAGCCCCUUAAGUCAGACAGACAGAAAACUCCUGUGAAAGAAUCUUCAAAAAGAACCACAGGUAGUGAAGAAGAUCAAAGAGGGCGUGCUGAAUCCCCAGACUUGUUUUCAACUCCUCCUGAAGGAAAAGAAAAUCUAGACAAAAUAAUGGUGCCUAAGAAUGCUGACAAUGACACAGACCAUCCAAGUAGCCCCCCUUUACCUGUCACGGUGAGGUCAAAUGACACCAACCCAAAGGAUGACAGUGGAAAAGAGUUAAGUUCCCAUCCUGCUGGCUCUUCUUCCAGCAGACAGGACAAGAUGGACGUAAGAAGAAAGUUGAAAUUGAGAAGAACCAAGAGGGACGAAUCAGGCUUGCCAAACCUGACAGAAAAAAUAUCAGACGAUGAUUUUACUUUGAAAGAGGUCAAGGGCAAUGAUACAGAAUCUUACAGGGGAAAGUCCAAGAGUGAAGAUGGUAAUAACGCUGGAGAAAAACGCAAACUCGAACUAAACGAUGAUGAUGAUGAUAAUACAGAUGAUGAUGAACCAAUUCUAGUGUUGAAAAAGAAAGAUCUUCCGAAACGUCAGAAACUAAUUUCAGUCGUGUACGACAGUGAUUCAGAUGAAUCGCAAGCUGUGAACAAGAAAGGUUGUAAAAGAUCACCUGAUGGAAUUGAUGAUCCUUCCCCUAAAAGAAUGGCAUCUUCAGCAUUAACAGUUCGUCUAUCUCGCCAAUACAAGAAUGUGCAGUACAGACCCACCACUCUAAAGGAUGCUAUGAAGGCCAAUUUGUAUUUCGCACCUCCCGGUGUGAACAUUCCAGCGUAUACUCGAAUCAUCAUAAGAAUGUUUGAGAAGUACAGAAGGCAACUACAUAAGGCGCAGUCCAGAGUCAAAACGCUCAUUCCCUGGGGUUCCCCUGUGGUGGCCGGCAGUAGACAAGGGGACACGCUGGAACCUCUUUCGGCGAAGACUACUACCUCUGUUGGAACAAGAGGUUCAGCUUUUGUCAGAGGGUCCUUACGUGGAGAAACAAGCCCGGGAAUUAGGAAUUAUUCAGACAGUGAAACUUCUGAGCGGAGACGAACUUUGAGAAGCUCAAGUACUACGGUUCAGCAACCCACCAGUUUCUCUACCAGCAGUAAAUCAACGAGUACAGCUACUGCACCUCCGUUUAGAAUAGAAAGUGAUAGUGACGGUGAUGACGGCUUUAGGGAGUCCUAUUUAGAUCAGUUAUGUACACCCAAUAAGAACUCCUCAGCUAAGAAAACACUGAAGAGCUCUGUGAGAAGUGGAAAGAUUUCUGACUUUGUAGAGACUUUGAAAACAAGAGAGGCUAGCUUGAAUGGAAAAUCCUUUUUGAAAAAACCAACUUUGAGCAAGGGUGGAGUUUAUUGCAAUGCUUCGCACAGUACUGAUCCAAAAGAGGAGAGUAGGAAACCUGCCGAUGUAGAAAUUCGUGACUCAGAAAUGUCGAUCCAUUUAGACUCAGAUGAACUCCAGUCAAAUGCUAUGGGUAGCUCUCCUCAGAAAGGUAAAAAAGAAAAAGAAAUUUUAGAUAAUUCUACAAAGCCUAAAGGCGAGGCUGACGUUGAAAGUUCAGCGAGUAAAACUGACAUUUUACCGGACGGUGGGGAAGUUGAAGGUAAUGUUUGCUUGAUGGAAACUGAACAAGAGAGCCAAGGUGAUAUUAUUCGGCCUGCAAGGCAAAGGGCUCUUUUGCGGCCUUUUAUCGAGGAUGACUCUACUGAGGAUGAAAACGAUGGGUCUCAGCCGAUUUUUUCAGUUCGGUUCCCGGGAAGUGAAACGGGGGUAGAUUGUGAGAGACCGACUACAACAGAGAAGGAAGGCACGAGGACAGCUGCAACUAAAAUUAGCAAGCAGAAAGGGAAUGUAGGGGAUCAUCUUGCGUCUCAAACGUUGUCGCUACCAAGCGAAUCCCAAGCCAUGCUUAGCAGGAGUAUUCUGGAGAAGAUGGAGAAGGAAAAUGAUGAACUGAUGCCGUCAGAAGCUUUAUGCGACCCUGAGGUAACGUCCAGUAAACUGAACAGAGAACCUGAGGCUGUGGGUGAACGUGAAGAUAAAGAAGUUUCAUUGACGGCUACAAGUUCUUUAGUAAAGCAGACAGAAGAGAGCUUUGUUGAGGAAGAUCAUCGUCUUGAAGUGACUGAGAAUCAGCGUGCAAAGCAGAAGCGUUCAGAAGCAGCUGACAGAGCAGCAGCUGCUGCAGAGAACAGACUAAAGACGACGAAGACACGCAGAGGAUUGCUUGAAGCGUGUUCGUCAAGCUCUCAAGAUCACUUCGAAGUAAACCAGCCAGACCAAAUAACAGAGGAAGCAGUAUUGGAAUCAACAGUAGAAUGCCCGCUAUGUUUUGAGCAUUUUAACACUAAAGAAAUUGAAGCCCACGCUUCAGACUGUCAGGGUUCACCCUCACAGGCGCAGUUUGGUUCACAAACGAACAGGAAGGAGAGUGAUUCUAGGAGCAAGCCUGGGCCGAGUUUUAGAAGUGUUCCUGCUGGGGGUGUGAACACAGUUUACCGAACUUUAAGUGGCGAAAGAGGAGAGUUGAAAGACCUUAGAGUCGUGCUUCAGAGGUCUCCGUUGGCGAGACAGAUACUGCAACAGAAAGACACUCCAACGUCGGAUUCUGGCAAGCGAAAUCUUGACUUCGAAACCCGUAGUGCGGCCUCUGGAAGCCCUAAUCAACACAGUAGUUCCAGAAGCUUUGAUCGAGGUCCGCGAAAACCCAGUAGGAACACCAAAGGAGCCUCAAGGGCCGAGUCAGAGAGUAACGAGAAUGGUUACGGGAAAAACGAGAGAGAUGGCAGUCCUAGUGUCCAUAACUGGCUUGAAACAUCAAGCCCGGAAAAGGAGAAACCAGCGUGGACAUUCCCCGGCGAUUACAUUCCUCUCAACACAACCAAGGAAAGAGAAAAAGAAAAUGAAAGUGACAGGUCUAAAGAGCAGGAGCAUCGACAAACUUCCUGUAGAACUGAAGAAGUGGCAUCGGACAGUGAUUCAUCAGUUAGUAGUGAUAUAUGUGAUGAUAGCCUUAUGAUGCAGUACGGAGCUCAGCGCAGUUCUGCGCGUGGUAAAGAAUCCGGGAUAACUCGAACAGAAGGAAACGACGAAAAUGAUAUCGCACUUGCCAUGCUUGGUGGUCGAAGAAAGAAACGCCCCCUGUCUUUGUCAAAAAGCUCAAAGGCCAAGAAAUCUCGUCAACCAAGGGAUUCUGGGAGCGAGGAGGGUGACGAGUUUCACGUGGUCUGUGAGCUCUGUAACAAGAAGAUUCCGAAAGAAUUGUACUUGCAGCACGUGGAUGAAGAAUUGGAGGCUAGGAAAAGGACUUCAAUACCUCAGAGUAAAGUAGAAGUAGUUUGUGUGAAAGACAAGAUUCCGACAAGAAGCAAAGAUGUAGGUAGAAGGUUUGGCGCAAAAGAACACAGAGAAAUUGAGAAACCCUCGCGAACUGCUGCAACAGAAGACACCGACGAACUCGAAGUGGACUGGGACGAAGUCAGUGAUUCACCAAUCAAAUGUUUCCAGUUCACGGAAAAUUCGAACAGUGUCGUGGACUUCGAAAAUCAAUUUGAACACCUGAAAGAGAGCAAGAACAACAAGAGGCAAACGAAAUACGGGCAAAGGGAGCCUGAUUACGGGAGGCCUAGUUACCGUGGGGGACGUAAAAGUUCCGGUAACAGGGGAAAUUACAGAAGAUCGUCUAACAGAGGUUAUGGGCGCGGGAAGAAGAAUAAAAAGUACAGAGGAUCGCGCGGAAGAAAGUAGAUUUCAUCGAGCACUACACGAACACCAAUCUCGUUCCCAAGGCCUUUUAUCUUAGUUGGGGGUGGGGCCCACCCCCAACUAAGGGAAAAAGGCCCUGGGAACGAGGUUGCAUGAACACCUUUCCGGCGGGAAGUGCACUUUUCGAGGAUGGAAUUAAUCUCAAGUUACUUUAGUAAGCAAAACGUGUCCAAAUUUCCAUAACAGGUGUCCCAGUUGGCAAAUCUUCUUUUUUAAGGCCUUUUUGAACGCAAUUUUAGCGCAGGGGGAAGGAUUAGUUAGGAUUAUUUGAGAAAUUCAGCGAUUUCAUGGCUCGGAAUUUAAACUGAAAGUCCCGUUGUGGAAAAGAUUUGAAAGAGGUUCCAUUUCAAUUUGAUCUGAGAAGCUACCUUAAACAAAAAUCAACUGAAUACUUCGGGAAAAGAUAAUGUCACCGACCGCUGUUCAUCUCAGCUUUAAUCAAAUAAGGCGAUUGCAUAAUAGCAAGGAGUCAAAUGAAGAAUUUGUUCAUGCUUAGCGUGCGUAUAUCGAGUUAUGGAUGCGCGCGGGACAACAAUGACAAUGACAAU